GUGGUGAAAAGGACUGAAGAAGAGAGUUAGCCUUUAGCUGUUAGCCUGUGGUCCAAAUGUAGCAGCAAUUAGCGGGUAUCGCUUGUGUCAUGUUUGCGUCGGUGCAAUUGUGGAAGAAAACUCCGAUGCAGUGAGAUUGGGUUCAUGUCACAUUCAAGCUUUCUUGACAGCGACCCAGAUCCGCUUUCCGCAACAUGGAAAAACAGUUGCAUUUGAACCUGUUAGCUUCCAGACCUCCGAUGCCGGGUAGCUUUCAGUCCAGCUCCAAAAUGAAAAUGGGGCCUGGACGAAGGAGAGAUUUCACCCCGCUGUCUUGGAGUCAAUAUUUUGAAACCAUGGAAGAUGUUGAAGUGGAAAAUGAAGAUGGCAAAGACGUUUUCAGAGUUUACUGCAGCGGCGCUCAUGGCCCCGUGCUGCUCCUGCUUCACGGAGGAGGACACUCUGCUCUCUCCUGGGCUGUCUUCACUGCUGUCAUCUACAGCAGGAUUAACUGCAGGGUGGUUGCUAUGGACCUCCGAGCUCACGGUGACUCCAAAGUGAAGAAUUCAGAAGAUCUCUCUGCUGACACCAUGGCCAAGGAUAUCGGCAAAGUGGUCGAGGCUCUUUACGGAGAAACCCCCCCGCCAAUCAUGAUUAUUGGACACAGCAUGGGCGGGGCCAUCGCGGUUCACACCGCCGCUGCCAAUCAUAUACCAUCGCUGCUCGGCCUCUGUGUCAUUGACGUUGUCGAGGGCACAGCAAUGGACGCUCUGAACAGCAUGCAGAAUUUCCUCAGAAGCAGGCCCAAAAUGUUUAAAUCGCUGGAAAAUGCCAUCGAGUGGAGCGUGAAGAGCGGCCAGAUUCGAAACAUCGAGUCGGCGCGGGUGUCGAUGGGAGGCCAAGUGAAAAAAUGUGAGGAGUCCGCCAGGACCCCCGUGGUCUCCGAUAGCAUCGGUGAAGGUAUCAUAGAAGAGGAGGAGGAGGAGGAAGGGGGAGAAGAGUCCAACAAGAAAAGAAUGAAGGAAGACGACCAAGAGACGAAGAAGGAAAGCAUGUUCACGUGGCGAGUGGAUUUGGCAAAGACGGAAAAGUACUGGGAGGGCUGGUUUCAAGGCCUGUCUUCACUUUUUCUCAGCUGCUCUGUGCCAAAACUGCUCCUGCUCGCAGGGGUGGACAGACUCGACAAAGAUCUUACCAUCGGACAGAUGCAAGGGAAGUUUCAGAUGCAGGUCCUCCCUCAGUGCGGCCACGCUGUCCAUGAGGACGCACCCGAAAAAGUAGCGGACGCCCUUGCAACGUUUAUGGUCCGGCACAAAUUCACAGACUUUAAAGAAGGAUAUAUGUGUUGAUUACGUUGCCAUAGAAGAAAUAUUGGAAGAAUCAUCAUCAAACAGAAAAUUACAAAGUAUAUUUAAAAAAAAAAAAGAAAACACUCUUGUUGUUUGUGGUUUUUUUUGUAGAUACUUUGCCUUUCAGCUCUGCCUUAUUUGAUUGUAAAACAAUAAUUUUGUAGUCUUUUAUUUGCAACUUGUGUUUUUUUUUGGGCAGUGGUGUGUUAUGUUUAUAAAAUGUGCAGCAAACUUUGAUUCGGAGGGAUUGGAAAGAUGUCACAUGCUUCUUCUUUUUUUUCUUUUUCUAUGUGUACAUUUUAGCAAUACGACACGUAGCAACAUCAGCAUAGCUGACACUGUUCUAAAAACUUCAUCUGUUGCACCACAUACGUUGAUUUCUCCCUUCCCAACAAAACUUGACCCCGUUCCAAAUUACAUUUGGUUUGUAAUGACCCGACAAGACGAGAGCAAUUCACAUAGCCCUACGUGACUAUUAGUCAUUAUCUUUUACAUGUAUUUAAAGCUUGUGCAAAUUGAAAUACUUUGCGAUUUAGAGUGCAGUUGUAUAAAAGAAACGUGUCUGAUUUCUCUACUUUGAAUUAUUGCCAAGUGAGUUGUAAGCAAAUUUGCUAAUAUCACACAGCACAAUGGAAGCAGAUGCACACAGUUUUGUUUUGUUCGUGUUUCGUGAAAUAAAAUGAGGAUUUAAA